AUGGAAACAGCAUCACGCGAAGCACACCAACUUAGCGGAUCACUGACGGUAAAUGCAUUGACUUUAUUAAAGAAUAAGACCGCAAACAAAUGUAAACGAUGUGGUAAGGACAACCAUAGUGAUGAUGACUGUUGGUUUAAGGACAAAAAUUGUAAUACAUGUGGAAAAAAAGGCCACAUCAGUCGUGUUUGCAGGAAGAGUAACUAUGACAGAAAAACAAAGAGUGGGAAUGGGGCAAAAGCUGCACUACAAAUAAGAAAAUCUGGACAGAAAGGCUAUGUAAAGAAAGAAAGUGUGCACCACGUUGAUGCUGAUGCAGCAUCCAGUGAUGAUGAAACAGACUCUGAGUUAGCUCUGUAUAAACUGUCACAGCCAGGAGAAAAGUCCAGUAUCAUUGUGAGACCAGAAGUUGAAGGAAUACCACUUGAAAUGGAGCUGGACACAGGUGCAGCAGUGUCUUUGAUUUCAACAGAGACUUAUAACAAAAUAUUGAAACACCUGCCCUUAUGCUCAACUGACAUUGUUCUUCGAACAUACACAGGACAAGCAUUAAACCCUGAAGGUGUAAUUGAUGUUCAUGUAAAAAUGGGCAAACAGACAGCUGUACUUCCUUUGUAUGUCGUGCAUGGCGAUUAUCCACCACUCUAUGGCAGAGAAUGGCUGCGUCAGAUUAAACUGAACUGGAAAGAAAUAAAAACAGUUAAAUUGAAGACGCUAGGAGCUGUUCUGGAGAAACAUGCAGCUGUUUUCUCUAAACAACUGGGAGAAAUGAAGAGCAUUAAAGCUAAAAUAACAUUGAAUCCUGAGCACAAACCCAAGUUUUGUCAGCCCAGAGUUGUUCCGUAUGCUCUGCGUCCAAAAGUCGAAGAGGAGCUAAACCGUCUCACUGAAAUAGGUGUAUUGUCACCUGUACAGUACAGCGAAUGGGCUACCCCAAUAGUCCCUGUGGUGAAGAAAAACGGAGCAGUGCGCAUAUGUGGUGAUUUUAAAGUGACGAUAAACCCCGUCCUUCUCAUUGAACACUAUCCGUUACCACGUAUCGAAGACCUGUUCGCUUCUUUGGCGGGAGGACAAUGUUUUAGCAAACUGGAUUUGUCACAUGCUUACCUCCAGAUGAGGGUGGAGGAGGAGUCAAUGAAGUUCCUUACAAUUUCCACACAGAAAGGGCUAUUCCAGUAUAAACGCCUUCCGUUCGGAAUUGCUUUGGCUCCAGCUAUAUUCCAGAGAGCUAUGGACCAAGUAUUACUAGGUCUUUCCAAUGUCCAUUGCUAUCUCGAUGACAUUCUUGUUACUGGGAGGACUGAAGCUGAACACCUGGAAAACCUGGAUGCAGUCCUUGGACGCCUGGAAGAGUUUGGUUUGCAUGUUGAAAAAGGGAAAUGUGACUUCUUCAAGGACUCAUUGGAAUACUUGGGUCACAUAAUUGAUGCUGAAGGUUUGCACAAGUCACCUGAAAAAGUAAGUGCAAUUGUUAAUGUUCCAACCCCAUCAAACAUCACACAGCUGAGAUCAUUCCUUGGCCUGCUGAACUAUUAUGGGAGAUUCAUACCUAAUUUGGCAACCAUUGCGAGUCCAUUGAACGCCCUGCUGUGUAAGGGGAAACGUUGGCAGUGGUCUUCGGAGUGUGAGGGUGCAUUUAAAAAGGCAAAAGAACAAUUAGUGUCACAAAACGUCUUGACACAUUAUGACCCACAGAACGCAAUUCGGCUCGCGUGUGAUGCAUCACCUUACGGCAUUGGUGCCGUUAUCUCCCAUAUGUUACCCAGCGGUGAAGAAAAGCCAAUAGCUUUCGCAUCACGCACACUUAGCAAGGCAGAACAGAAUUAUGCGCAGAUCGAGCGUGAGGCUCUGGCAAUCGUGUUCGGAGUCAGAAAAUUCCAUCAGUAUCUCUAUGGACGGAAAUUCACGCUUUUCACAGAUCACCGCCCCCUUACUACGAUCUUUGGACCACAGAAUGGAAUCCCAUCUAUGGCGGCCAACCAUGUGAAACAUAUCCGUUCGGCUCCUUAUCACCCGGCAACUAACGGGCAGGCUGAGAGGUUUGUCCAGUCAUUGAAACAAGCACUGAAGGCUUCUAAGGGCUCUUCUACUCUUCAGAAACGUCUGGAAACUUUCUUGCUGACGUAUCGCAACACGCCACAUCCAACGACAAAAGAGUCUCCUUCCCUGUUGUUUUUGGGACGCCAUUUGCGCACACGUCUUGAUGCCCUGCGACCUAGUGUGGCUGCUGCAGUGCGUUUCUCACAGACCUCUCAGGUUCUCCGCCGGGCUGGUCGUUCAAAGCAGAGGCAAUUGGGAGUAGGUGAUGUUGUGCUGGCUCGUGAUUAUAGGGGGAGAGAGAGAUGGACACCUGGAGUGGUGACGGCUCAAAGUGGUCCAGUAUCUUAUACUGUGGAUGUUGGUGCUUCUGAGGAAUGGAGGCGUCACACUGAUCAACUUUUGUCCAUUCCAAACCAAACAGCUGAAACUCAGUUGAAAGUAUUACCUGAUAAUACGAAUGUGCCUGUUCCAGUGCAGACCUCUGUAAAUGCCUCUUCGUCUAUGCCUCUAACUGAGACCAGAGAUGGUAUCGGUGAUACAUCAACAGAGUCUCAGAUGCAGCAUGGAAAACUCGACAUACCACCUGCACAGGUCAGGCGUUAUCCAGCCAGAGUGAUUAAACCACCCAACCGUCUGACAUUAUAG